CUUCACAUCGUGUUUAUGUGAACAUUUUUGCUGUUAUUCAUAUUUUUAAAAAGAGACAUACAUGAAUCAUGCUGUUGAUGACCUAAACAUUGUUUCUCUAUAAAAGAGCAGCCACUAGAAGGUAGGAAUAGAAGUUAGUUAGAAAAGGGGUUUUCUUAAGGUAAAGACCAUCAGAAUGAAGCACUGCACCAUCUUCAUGCUGUUGUGUCUGCCAGUCUGCUCAGCGUAUCCUCUGAAUGGAGCAGCGAAGGACGAAGACCCCAACAUGGACUUUGCCCAGCAAUACCUAGAAAACUACUACAACCUUGGAAAAGAUGUGCAACAAGUUUACAGAAGGAAAGACAAUGGUGCUGUUGUUAAAAAGAUCCAAGAAAUGCAGAAGUUCCUUGGGCUGGAGGUGACGGGGAAGCUGGAUUCUGACACUUUGGAGGUGAUGCGCAAGUCCAGGUGUGGAGCUCCAGAUGUGGGCACGUUCAGCACUUUUCCUGGCAUGCCAAAGUGGAGGAAAAACCACCUUACUUACAGGAUUGUGAAUUACACACGGGAUUUGCCAAGAGAUGCUGUUGAUUCUGCCGUAGAAAAGGCGCUCAAGGUCUGGGAGGAGGUGACCCCGCUCACGUUCUCCAGGAUACACGAAGGAGAGGCCGACAUAAUGAUCUCUUUUGCAGUUAGAGAACAUGGGGACUUUUACCCUUUUGAUGGACCAGGAGAGAGUCUGGCUCAUGCCUAUCCACCCGGGCCUGGGUUUUAUGGAGAUGUUCACUUCGAUGACGAUGAAAAAUGGACAGAGGAUGCAUCAGGGACCAAUUUAUUCCUGGUCGCUGCUCAUGAGCUUGGCCACUCCUUGGGUCUCUUCCACUCGGCCAACCCUAAGGCUCUGAUGUACCCACUCUACAACUCCUUCACGGACCUGACUCGAUUUCGCCUUUCUCAAGAUGACGUGGAUGGCAUUCAGUCCCUCUAUGGACCUCCUCCUGCCUCUCCUGCUGACCCUGAGCUGCCCACUCAGUCCAGCCCACUAGAGUCUGGGACCCCAGCCCCGUGCGAUCCUGCUUUGUCCUUUGACGCAGUCAGCACCCUGAGGGGAGAGAUCCUGUUCUUUAAAGACAGAUAUUUGUGGCGCAAACUCCCCUGGAAACCCAAACCGGAAUUUCAUUUGAUUUCUACAUUCUGGCCCUCUCUCCCACCACACUUAGAUGCUGCUUAUGAAGUUAAAAGCAAAGAUACAGUUUUCAUUUUUAAAGGAAAUAAGUUCUGGGCAGUCAGAGGAAAUGACAUACAAGCAGGUUAUCCAAGAAGUAUCUACACUCUGGGCUUUCCUCCAACCAUAAAGAAAAUUGAUGCAGCUGUUUCUGAUAAGGAAAAGAAGAAAACAUACUUCUUUACAGGGGACAAAUACUGGAGAUUUGAUGAAAAAAGUCAGUCCAUGGAAAGAGGCUUCCCAAGACCUAUAGCUGAUGACUUUCCAGGAGUUGAUGGAAAGGUUGAUGCUGUAUUACAGACAUUUGGAUUUUUCUACUUCUUCAGUGGUUCAAGACAGCUUGAGUUUGACCCUAAUGCCAGGAUGGUGACGCAUAUAUUUAAAAGCAACAGCUGGUUACUGUGUACAUGAGACAAGUAAAAGACAGGCCUGGGCAUUUUAAAUGAAUCGAAUAAAUAUUUACCUAAUCUACUGUGAAUCAAAAUGAUAAAUUAUUCCUGCAUGUACAGGGGCCAAAGAAGAUGAGACUUACCCAUAUCUUUAUGUGUCACAGAACAUUGGCAAAAACACUUCACUUGUUCAUGAUUACACUGCACAGAAGUGAGAAGUAUUCAUGUCAUAAGGAAGAGAAAGAUCUCCGUAGUUGUUCUAUUUAUUAUUUAAUAAAGAUUUUUAUCUUUGACCUGUUC